UCACCUGAAUACUAUUUUCAUGAAAAAUGGUCACCUCUCUCUCUCUCUCUCUCUCUCUCUCUCACACACACACACACACACACAUAAUUAUAUUAGUUUUUAAGUAGACUUGUGAUUAGCAAAUAUAAAUACCCCACAAGGUCUCAUAUGACCAUCACUUCUUAAAAUCUAUUUUUCUGUGGUUUAGUUGAGCCCAUUCUACUAGCCAGACAGCUUAAAUCUCUCUUUCUACCAUUAACCCUUUCAAAGAAGAAAAGAUGAAGAUUGUUUUGGCCACUUUGCUUAUAGCUUCUCUGGUUCUGAGCUUCUCUCUCCUUCAACCAACCAUGGCUGAUCCAAGUUUCUGCGAUUCAAAGUGUGGAGUGAGAUGUGGGAGUGCUCGAAUACCAAAACGUUGCUUGAAGUACUGCAAUCUGUGCUGCCAGAAGUGCAGCUGUGUUCCUUCAGGGACAUAUGGAAACAAGUUGGAGUGCCCUUGCUAUAGAGACAUGCUCAGCUCCCAGGGCACACCCAAGUGCCCUUGAAACCCAUCACCACCUUUUUCACUUUCAUGUCAUGUAUCGAAAGUAUUUUUCUUGUUUUUCAUAGCAAUAAGUUUGUUUUUAAAAU